AUGGCGGCCUCGCUGCAGCCGCGCAUCUGGCGGCCAUUGUAUGGCCGGCACGCCUGCAGUCGCAUCCUGACUGUGCGGUGGUCAAGCUCAGGCAACCAGGAGGAGAAAUAUCGCACGGCCCUGGUGGAGCAGAAGCGUGCAGCCGUCAUCGAGGGGCAACGGCUGCGAGCACAGGCGCAGCAGGUGACACACAUCUUUCGUGAAACUGGUGGAAGCACCCAGGGGGCUGCCACCCUGAUGGCUCUCCUGAUGAGGCCGACCAGCCCAUUCCUCACCAGACUUUGUGCGGGGCUGGUGACGUCCGCCAGCUUCGUUUGCACCGCCCACUGGCUCCUGUACCCUGCGGACCCGUUUUGCGUGCUGAGCCUUGGCCUGGGUGCCUUCGUCUACGUAGCAGUGGUCGGCACCUCGCACAGCGUUGCCUGGUACGGCCUCUUUGCCCCUACGGUGAUGUUCGGUCUCCUUGUCUUUCCAAAACUACCAGCUUGGUACGCGGCAUCGCUAGACCCGCCACCGAAGGUAGACCACCGUCGGCGCUACCUGCACUGA